AUGACCGAGCAAAUAUUCAAAAAUGAUAUUUUGAAAGGAAAGGUAGCCUUUGUUACUGGAGGUGGUAGUGGAAUAUGUAAAGGCAUGACUGAAGCAAUGCUGAGACAUGGUGCAAAAGCUGCUAUUAUAAGCAGAAGUCAAGACAAACUUGAUAAAGCUGCCGAACAAAUGCGAAAGGAAAUUGGUGCUGAAGUCAUUGCGAUUGCAGCUGAUGUUCGUAAACCUGAAGAUAUUAUUAAAGCCGUGGACCUUACAAUAGAAAAAUUUGGUAAAAUUGAUAUUCUUAUUAAUGGCGCAGCUGGAAAUUUUCUAGCAGCUGUUGAAUCACUUUCUUAUCGAGGUUUUCGUACUGUUGUUGAAAUUGAUUUAAUUGGAACUUUUAAUACAUCUAAAGCAUGUUUUCCUCACUUGAAAAAAACUAAAGGUGUUGUAAUUAAUGUGUCUGCUAAUCUUCAUUAUCAAGCUACUCUUUUUCAGUCUCAUGCAAUGGCUGCUAAAGCAGGUGUUGAUGCUUUAACAAGGGCAUUAGCUGUUGAAUGGGGUCCACAUCAAAUUCGUGUUAAUGUAAUUGCUCCAGGUCCAAUUGAUGAAACUGAAGGUUUUUCAAGACUUCUUCCUUCUAAUUCUAAAAAACCUGAUCAAGAACUUCCUCUUCAAAGAGUU